UCACUUUCGGACACCAGUUCGGCUCCGCCCACGAAAUACGUCAUCGUUGUUUACUAACACAGAAACGGUCCAUUAACAACUGCGUGUCACCUGAGAGCCUGAAUACAUUACAGAUCUGAAGCCUGGAAAUGAGUCUCUCCAGUGGUGCAAAUGAGGGGGUCCCUGCAGAGCAGAAAGGCGGACCAGAGUCUCCAGCACCCAGCUGUCUGUCUAUGAAGUCUGACAAGUCAAUAGGUCUCCCUGUCAACUUCAGAAAUGAAGAAAGUAUGUCCCCUGACCAGAGUGAAUCAGCAGGACUCAGCUGUCUGUCUAUGAAGACUGACAUGUCAAUGGGUCUCCCUGUCACCUUUGGAAAAGAAAAGAAACAGCCUGAUCAAAGAGUGAAGAGAAAGAGAUCAGAGUCUCCAGCACCCAGCUGUCUGUCUAUGAAGACUGACAUGUCAAUAGGCCUCCCUGUCACCUUUGGAAAUGAAGAAAGGAUGUCCCCUGACCAGAGUUUACUUAAACAGCUCACAGAACAGUCUGGCUCUUCAAUGAGUAGAAAGAGAAGUCUUCUGAGGAUUGAAAGUGGAGAAGAUGUGCAGAUAGUGAAAGAGAUGCACAAAGAUACCCUAAAGAACACGUACAGCAACAUCUCUGAAGGUAUCUCAAAGUCUGACAGUCUACAACUCAACCAAAUAUACACUGAACUUUACAUCACAGAGGGAGAGAGUGAAGGUAUUGAUACUGAACAUGAGGUUUGGCAAAUUGAGAAUGCAUCCAGGACACACACAUCCCAAGACAAUGCAAUCAACUACAAGGACAUUUUCAAACCCUUACCUAAACAAAGAAAAUCCAUCAGAACAGUGCUAAUGAAAGGCAUUGCUGGAAUUGGGAAAACCGUCUCUGUGCAGAAAUUCAUCCUUGACUGGGCAGAAAGUAAAGCAAAUCAGGAAGUAGAUUUCCUCUUUGUACUUCCUUUCAAAACACUGAAUUUUAUUCAAGAUCAUCACAGUCUUUAUGGCCUCCUGAAUAUCUUCCACCCUCAUCUGUCAGAGUUGUCUGGAAAUUACAUCUCUAACUGUAAAGUGAUGUUUAUCCUUGAUGGUCUGGAUGAAAGUCGGUUACCAUUAGAUUUCCAUUCAAAUAAAAAGUUGUCUGACAUAAAAGAGGAAUCAUCAGUGGAUGUAUUGGUGACAAACCUCAUCAAGCGUAACCUGCUUCCCUCUGCUCUCCUCUGGAUAACCUCCCGACCAGCAGCAGCCAAUCAGAUUCCUCCUGAGUGUAUUGACAGAGUGAUAGAAACACAGGGGUUCAAUGACCCACAGAAGGAGGAGUACUUCAAGAAGAGGUUCAGUGAUAAAAACAUGGCAAAAAGAAUCAUCACACACAUGAAGUCAUCAAGAAGCCUCCACAUCUUGUGUCGCAUCCCAGUCUUCUGCUGGAUCUCUGCAACAGUGCUUGAGCAAGCAAUAAAGGAAAAUGAAAGUGUGAAAGACAUUCAGACUUUGACUGAUAUGAUAAUUCACUUUUUGCUCAUUGUGACCAACCUGAAGAAUCAGAAAUAUCUUGGAAGAGAUGAGGCCAAUCCGCAGAUGAUUUUGGAAUCAAACAGGGAAUUUCUUUUGAAACUUGGAAAACUGGCAUUUGAAAAUCUACAAAUAGGCAAUCUCAUGUUUUAUGAAGAAGAUUUGAGACAUUGUGGCAUUAAUGUCACAGAAGCCUCUGUAUACUCUGGGAUUUGCACAGAAAUCCUGAAAGUCGAGUCUGUGCUUUAUCAGAAGAAAGUGUACUGCUUUGUGCAUCUGCUCAUUCAGGAGUUCUUCGCUGCUCUCUAUGUAUUCCAGUCCUACACAGUCAAGAACAUGGAAGCACUAAAUUAUUUUUUGGAGGCUGGGUCUAAGUCAUCCACAGCAUCUCCUGGUGAGUGGUCCCUGCAUGAGUUUUUGAAGAGGGCAGUGGACAAAGCCUUCGAGAACAAGAAUGGACAUCUGGACCUUUUCCUCCGCUUCCUCCUGGGAAUCUCUCUGGAAUCCAAUCAGAGACUCCUGAGUGGUCUGUUGACACAGACAGAGAGCAGUGCCGAAAUCUCAAAGAAAGUACUGACCUAUCUGAAAGCAAUCAAGAGGCAAAACCUCUCUCCUGAGAGGUGCCUAAACCUGUUUCACUGUAUGAUUGAAAUGAGAGACAAUUCGGUGCAUAAAGACAUUGAAGAGUACCUGAAGUCAAAGGAAGAAGCAGUAACUAAACUUAGUCCUGCACACUGCUCAGUGCUGGCUUACAUGCUUCUGAUGUCUGAAGAGGUGCUGGAAGAGUUUGAUCUGAAGAAGUACAACACAUCAGUGGCAGGAUGGGCAAGACUACUCCCAGUUGUGAGGUGCUGCAGAAAAGCCCUGUAA